CCGUGGCUUCGGUGCAGUCAGGAACACUGUACAAAAUGCAGUGCUGCCCCGAAUGCCCGCCGCUACAUCCUCUCAUCCAUCCACCAGGCAAACUCAUCACCGGGGCGGGGAAUCGGUUCAGAACCCGCAAGCACGACAACAGCGACACGGCGACCCACCACCAAACCCAACAGACGCAUGUUUGGCAAGUAUAUCAAGCCUGUUUGCGGAUAGGGUUGAGGCUCUGCACACAGCAUGGCGAUCCGUAGCACAGCGGCGACCCCAGCAGGGAUCGCUGCCGCGGGGCUCGCGGGAAGCUGGCUCUUGUAGCACCUCAGCUGCCAUCCCUCCUGCAUCUACACGCGCGUGGUUGGAGGAUCAGCGAGUACGUUAUCUGACCGAGCCGAUCUUCGCGGGCGGGCGCCGUACAACAUCAAAGGACCAGUCUCUACCGCUUUGUUGGGACGAGCGGCCAAGCCCUGGGCAAUGA